CGCUUGCUCACUAAGCUGGCGCGAGAGUGAAGAAGGCUGUUCCACCGCCCUGUGCGCAUCGUCACGACGUAACGUAACGGAACACCAGAACAGCUCAGUCCUGCCACGCGCAAGAUGGUUCGCGCUCCUCGCCUCACAGCGGUCAUCAUCGCCGCCGCGCUCCCUGAACAGCUAGGCGCGCUGCCGCGCGGCCCGACCCCGCGCGGCGGUUCCACGCGCCCGCGGCCCCACAAUCAAAGGGGCCAGCUCCCCCACGACCGAGAUCUCAGGGAGAGCAACACGACGAAGACCGCGGCCGUCGAUGCAGGACUAAGAAACAAGAAACUCCCGUGGUUCUGCGAUCGCGACGCCUCUAGAUUCACGCUCUUCCCGCUGCGAGACCCGGAGCUCUGGCAGUUCUACAAGAAGGCCGAGGCGUCGUUCUGGACCGCGGAAGAAGUCGACCUCGGCCAGGACAAGUUGCACUGGAACCAGCUAGGGGACGGCGAGAAAUAUUUUUUGAGUAGGGUCUUGGCCUUCUUCGCGUCUUCUGAUGGCAUCGUGGCCGAGAACCUGAUGGAGCGGUUUGGCAAAGAAGUGACGCUGCCCGAAGCUCGAUUUUUCUACGCGUUCCAAGGGGCCAUCGAGUCCGUGCACCAAGAAAUGUACUCUCUGUUACUAGAAACCUAUAUAGAAGACCCGAACGAACGCAAGGAGCUCACGAGGGCCCACGAGACGCUGCAGUGCGUGAAAGCCAAAGCGGAAUGGGCCCAGUCCUGGACUGCUGAUCCAGAUGCGUCGUUUGCGGCUCGGUUGGUGGCCUUUGCGGCGGUCGAGGGCGUCUUCUUCUCUGGGUCAUUUGCUUCCAUCUUUUGGCUGCGGAAGCGGGGCGUGCUGCCGGGUCUGGGAUUUGCCAAUGAGUUGAUCUCGCGAGAUGAAGGGCUCCACUGCGACUUCGCGUGUGCUCUAUAUCAACGGUUAACGCCGGAGGAACGGUUGUCAGAUGCAGACGCGACCGCGAUCAUCACGGAGGCCGUUGCCGUCGAGUUGGCGUUCGUUACUGAUGCCCUACCGGUCACAUUAGUCGGCAUGAACGCCGACCUCAUGUGCGAGUACGUCCGGUACGUGGCUGAUAGAUUACUAUCAGCUCUGGGCCACCCCAAAGCCUACAACGCUGCGAACCCCUUCGAUUUCAUGGAAUUGGUCAGUCUGACGGGCAAGACGAACUUCUUCGAGAAGCGCGUGGGCGAGUACGCCAAGGCGAACGUCGCGGGCAAUUCAGAGCAGGCGUUCGACAUGGACGCGGACGUGUAAGAUCCUUGCGUGUCUUCUUUUUUGGGGUUGCGGCGAUGGCUUGGG